UCUUAGGAAAUGUUUGGUUUUGUUGGACAGAUUCCUAAACGCUUGCGUUGGUGGUUGUGAUGCCCCGCGGCACCGAGAGAGCUUUGCAGGGGGUCGCAGCGCGCUCUUUCGGCAAGUCUUUCAGCAAGUAGGCUACAGAAUCUGGCUCGCGGUUAGGAAGAAGUGAGGAUGCUGCUGCUGGACAGCUCCUUUGUGUGUAGCCUUGGCGUCACCGUCGCCCUCUGCACCCUCACACUCCUCCUGGUGGCCCUGCGGGGCUGUCAGAGGGCUGGCUGUGUCCAGUCUGGCGCCACCCUGCCCCCUGGCCCCAGACCCUGGCCCCUGGUGGGCAACCUGCUCCAAAUGGGCGAGCAGAUGCACCUCUCGCUGACCAGCCUGCGCGCGCAGUAUGGCGAUGUGUUCCAGCUGCAGAUGGGCUCCCUGGUGGUGGUGGUGCUCAGCGGCUACUCGACCAUCCGCCAGGCCCUGGUGCGGCAGGGCGAGGCCUUCGCUGGCCGGCCCGAUCUCUUCAGCUUCUCCGCCGUGGCCAACGGCACCAGCAUGACCUUCAGUGAGAAGUACGGCGAGGCCUGGACACUUCACAAGAAGAUCUGUAAGAACGCCCUGCGCAACUUCUCCCAGGCCGAGGCCCUGGACUCAGGUGCCAGCUGCCUGUUGGAGGAACGUAUCUGCGCGGAGGCUGGGGGGCUGGUGGAGGCCCUGCAGGAGAGCCAGGCGAAGGGAGGGGGCAGUCUGGACCCUGUGGUGCCCCUGGUCACCUCUGUGGCCAAUGUAGUGUGUGCCCUGUGCUUUGGGAAGAGAUACGACUAUAAUGACAAGGAGUUUCUCACCAUCGUGCACAUCAACAACGAGGUGCUGCGCAUCUUCGCCGCGGGCAACCUGGCGGACUUUUUCCCCGUCUUCCGCUACCUGCCCAGCCCCUCCCUGAGGAAGAUGGUCCAGCACAUUCACAGGAUGAACAGCUUCAUGGAGGAGAACAUUAAAGAACACCUGAGAACCUUCGACAAGAACUGCAUUCGUGACAUCACGGAUGCCCUGAUUGCCUUCUGUGAGGACAGACACGAGGACAGGGAAGGACAGGUGCUCACCGACUCUCAGAUCGUGCACACCGUCAUCGACAUCUUUGGGGCUGGGUUUGACACCAUCAUAGCAGGUCUGCAGUGGAGCAUCUUGUAUCUUGUAAAAUUCCCAGACAUCCAGGACAAAAUUUAUGGAGAGAUUGAUGACCAAGUGGGUUCCAACCGACUGCCUCGAUUUGAGGAUAAACCGAAAAUGACAUACACGGAGGCAUUCAUAUUUGAGGUGUUCCGCCAUGCCUCCUACGUUCCCUUUACUAUACCACACUGCACCACUGAAAAUAUCAUUCUUAAUGGAUACUUUAUCCCCAAAGACACCUGUGUGUUUAUCAAUCAGUAUCAAGUCAAUCAUGACUGUGAAAUCUGGGGUGAUCCAGAGGCCUUCCGGCCAGAAAGGUUCCUCAAUCAGAAGAGGAAACUGAACAAGGAUCUCACAGAGAAGGUGAUGAUCUUUGGGAUGGGGAAGCGACGUUGUCUGGGCGACGGAUUUGCCCGCUUGGAGAUGUUUGUGUUCUUGACGACGCUGCUCCACCGGUUGCAUGUGGAGAGUGUACCCGGCCAGACGCUGGACCUCAACGCAGAUUUCGGCUUGACCAUGAAGCCCAAACCGUACCGGAUCAGGGUGACCCCCCGGAGCUAGAAGGAGGCAUAACUAAACCAAUGCGUUCAUACAUCCUAUACCCUCUGUUCACUCUAUUGCAUUAUGUGUCAAAGAAUCAUGGUCAUGUUUCAGGUUCAUACAUAUGGAGUGUUACAGAUGGGUUAUCAUACACUCUCUGUUUACUUCACUGCAGAGGCGGACAUCCCGGGUUCAGAAAGUAAGUCCUGCCAAGUAUUUGAUCCAACCAUUUAGUAAACCAGCUCAUCCUAUUUAGCAGCCAGGUAGACCAGAAGAUAUCACAUGUGUUAACCCUUAAAGGAGAACCGUCAAAUGAACGUUCUAAAGAAUAUCUGGGUUCAUUGAAUUCAACAUAGAAUUUUAGAACCUUCAAUUGUUGCGGAACUUAGAAUGUUCAAAAACCUACACCUUGUGCACUGGUAGAGAGAUAUGGCAGAACUUUUACUUUCUGGAACCGGGAUGUCCGCCUCUGCUCCACUGCUUGUGUCAAAGAAUAGUUGGGACAUAUCAGGGUCACACGUACACAUCAUGGCAACAUCACACACUUCCAACAACAACACACACACACACACACACACACACACACACACACACACACACACACACACACACACACACACACACACACACACACACACACAUCAUUGUACCACACAAAGCUAUAGAAACAAAAUACAAGUGAAGGACAUUUUCUGAGGCAGUGCAUCGUGCACUGUAACAACUAUAACCAAACUAUAAGAUUGUUUUCCCACAAAUCAUAAACUAUCAUAAACAUAAGAACUCAUUUGUGUAAAGUUUUGGUAACACUUUACUUGAAGGUAUCUACAUAAGAGUGACAUGACACUGUCAUAACCCCUAACCCUAACCUUAACCCUAACUUGUCAUAACAAAAACCGAA